UUUCUGAUUUUCUGAAUGUUUUGCUUUUCGUUUUUCAGUGCGAAUUGAGUACAUUUUCUUUUGUUUUUAAACCUUUAACCCUGUGGGAAUUCCGAUCCCUAGCGGAAAGUUGCAAUGGCAAAUAGUUCCAGCAGCGAAGAGCAACGUUUUAAUGCCUUCUACAGCGAGGUAAAACAAAUCGAGAAGCGCGACUCAGUUCUAACAUCCGAGCAACAAAUUGAACGACUGCUACGUCCUGGUGCCACGUAUUUUAAUUUAAACCCUUUUGAGGUACUUCAGCUUGAACCGGACACUCCUAUCGAACAAAUCAAGAAGAAAUACCGUAGCUUAUCUAUUCUGGUUCAUCCGGACAAAAACCAGGAUGAUAAAGACCGUGCUCAACAGGCAUUCGAAGUUGUCAAUAAGGCGUACAAGACGUUGGAAAACGAACUGACUCGCAAGCGGUGCCUUGAUGUGUACGAGGAAGCGAAAGAUCGCACCGAUAUGAUGAUUUCCGAAAAACGGAAAAAGCUUCGCAAGGAAGGUAAAUCGGACGCCAUACCGGAAGAUGACCCCGGUAAGUAUAAGCAUGCCGUUUACGUUAUGGUGAUGAAGCUAUUCGCCGAUAUGGAGCGCCGUCGCCAACAGCUGGAUCUUCGCGAUCAGGAGGAACGUAAACGGAAACGAGAACAGGAAAUCGAAGAAGAAGAGCAGCGAAACUAUCAGAAGGAGUGGCAGAAAAACUUUGAGGAAUCUCGACAGAAUCGGGUCAACAGCUGGCAGAAUUUCCGCGCGAAUGCCACCUCAUCGUCGUCGUCGUCGUCGUCGUCCUCGUCAGCACCCGGGUCCUCUUCGGCGGGGACAUUACUAAUGCCAACGGCAGCAAAGCCGAAAAAGGCCAAAAAAGCCAAGUACACCUCUUUCAAUCCACCCAAGAUCAAACCGGAAACGCGAUAAUUUCGAACAGUGACGAAAGUGAACUUGCUUUUCUGCUGGGGAUUUUUGGUACUAGCGGAUUCAAUAAGGUUUGCUUUUGUGUUAGUCGAAAAACGAAACUAAACUUGCAGACGGACGACAAUUUUAUUAUUUUUUUUACUUACCACAUCAUACAAACGCUUGAGAAUCGUAUUUUACAUCUGUACCUAGGUAUUUGCCUAUGACACAAGAAAAUAUUAUUGCAUUUUUUUCAAUCGCACUAACAUUUCGCUACAAAUGUUUCGUGAGAUUCUUGUGAACCUGGUUCGUCUAUCAAUUCAAAAUGAUCGUAACAAUUUAGCUAACAGUUAGGUGGAUGAAUAAAAGCUGCACCGAUCAUGGCGACGAAUCACAAUACCAAGUGUUCGAGGAUGAAUUUACAGUAGUAAUAAACCGA